UCAGCUCUCACAGUUGUCUCGCAUGUUUCUGGGAAGCUUCACAAAGUAGCAUGAACUUCAAAAAAUGGGACUGGUGCUUGGUUCUGGAGCUGCUGCAACUGCUUCUACUGGUGAUCGGAGUUCAAGGUUAUCCAAAACAAACGAAAAAUGUGAUGACCGGAAGCAAUGUAACUCUGCUACCCCCCAGGAAACAUCUUGGGAACUACAAACGUCUAACCUGGCUUUACACUACUAAACAGAAGAUCUUAGAACAUGAAAAUAAAACGAAGUACUUCAAUAGUACAUUUAAGAACCGCGUCAAGCUUGAUCUGGAAAGCGGUGCUCUUCACAUCUAUGAAGUCUGGAGAAGGGACAGCGGUGUUUAUUACUUGAGAGUGUAUAACGAAAGGGAGGAAGAGUGGGCAAUAAACCUGACCGUUUGGGAUCCUGUACCCAAGCCUUUCAUUACAUUUAAGAAGAAAGAAGAAUCGAAAGACUCCUGCUAUCUGAGCCUAUACUGCGAGAUAGAGGACCAGACUGCUGACUAUGUCUGGUAUAACGACUCAGGACCCUUUCCCAAUGAGAACCAGGCAGACGUGCUUGAACUCACCGUUAAUCCUCAGAAUUAUUCUACAUUUUAUACUUGUCAAGUCAGGAAUCCUGUAAGCAGCAAAAAUGACACAGUGUACUUCACUCCACCUUGUGGUCUGGCCAGAUCCUCUGGAGUAACUUGGAUUGCAACUUGGCUAGUGGCCCUGGCUCCCAUCAUGCUCUGCAGCCUGCUUAUCUGAGAUGAGUUCUUGUAACUCAAGAAUGAAACUUCAAGGCCAGAGGAUUCUCUUUCAUCACCAGCACUCCUCUUAACCAAGAACAAAGCUCUGGCUUCAUAGGACGGUUGGAAGUGUGCUGCUGAACAUCUAUAAGGAUUUGUACUUUCUUUCUAUGCUGAGGUUAAACCCAAAGCCUUGUGCUUGCUAGGCAAGUGCUCUACCGCUGAGCUACACCCAUAGCCCUUUAUAACAAUUUUCAAAUAGGUUUUUAAAAGCUGGGGUCAAUAUUUCAUUUUAUAUACCCUAAUUAUUUUCCCAUAUACAUCAAAGAUAAAUGAAUUCUUUUCACCAAAAACAUGGCUACACUGUGCUAAUGCUUUGGUUUUUUAAAGUUUUAUUUAUUUUUAUUCAUUUGGGGUCUUGCAAGGGUGUAUCUCAUGUAUGCAAGGCAAGUACUUUACCAUUGCCCAGGCCUGCAAAUAUUUUCUUACCCGUUUAAAUAAACAUUUCACA